AUGCUGCCGAGGAUCACCAAUGAGCAGGCUGCUCCUAAGCCCAAGGGCACCGCAAAGGGCAAAAAAAAGAAUGGUAAUCCUGGAAGUAGAGCAGCAAAGGCCAUCGCAGGACUGCCGAGUGAUCCCACUUCGGCAGCAAACGACGUCACCAGUGAUCUACAGAAAUGUGUGGAGGAGCUGCAAGCCCAGCUAGCAGAGCAGAAAUCCUUGCAUGAAGUGGCUGAGCUUCACGCAAAAACCGGUAAUGCUGUACAGGUCAAAGAGAAGACAUUAAUACCGAAGCCGCCCAGCUCUGCUGGCGCAGGCUUCAACCUGCAGGUUGAGAUGGGGCUGGAGGACAAUGACGCACAGUACCAAGCAAUCCUACGCACCGUGCGUGAGAACAUGUUCAGUGCCAGUCUUGAUUGGCACCAGGAUUUCAAGAAGCAACCUGCUGAGAAAUUAGGUAUGGUAUACAAAGUGACACGGCAGACAAUGAUGAGAGACUUGAUCAACGACUGGCCGACAGCUGAGAUCAUCAAGCAGUAUAUGCGCAACAAGUGCAAAUAUGCUGUUGGCACAGGAACGCUGGAGCCGCGCAAUGUGUGA